AUGGCGAACUACCCGCAACCGCCGUAUGGCCUGCCCUUCCACGUGCCUGGAACCCCCCAGCAACUCCAGCAUCCAGUGCCCGCCGGCCAGCUCAAUACGCAAGGCAGCGGCCCGCGUCAGACGCCCGCUGCCGAAGGCUUCCUGUACAAUGGCAGUCUUGCUGGCUUUAACAUGCAAUCCCACGCUCAGAACGCUCAACAACCGCCAUAUCAAUACUGGCCACCUCAAACGUAUCAAACCCAGAAUGCUUACGCUGCAGUACCUUUCCCUCCUCCCUUCAUCGGGCAGAACGGAAUACCAAUUCCUCCACCGCCUCCGAAUUACUACCCUUCACUUCCCCAGGCGCAGCCGCCUGUACAGAAUGCGCCCGCAUCAGCUCCUCCAAUGUUUCCCACCCUUCCUGCGCACUUGGCUCCGACUCCGGUCCAAAUGAAGCCCGUGAUCAACGAGCGGAUUGCAGAAGUGGCGGAGAGCGACAAAGAAGACGGCGAAGUGAGUGAUGGUGAUAGAAUGUCACAAUCACCUGCGACCAACGGUAGAAUCCAUCCACCGCCGCCGCGCUCGGUCCCUCAAAUGUCACAAGAUAUUUCAAUGGCCGAAGACAGCGUAGGUCGCAACCAGCUACUGAGCACCCUGAUCAGUUCAACCCAAAGCCGAGAUCAGGCCUCAGCCGGUCCAGUAGGAGUGAAUCAACAAUUAGCUCAAGUCAAUGAAUCUGAUGUUUUGGAACAAAAGCGAGAGGAGGCGAGGAAAUUUAUCAAGCUUUUGCAUGAGAACAACAUUGGAUACGCUUCUUUGGCCAAAGAAGGCUUGGAUGCUCCUCUUCUAAGUGCGCUGUACCGGCAGCUGAACUUACCAUUCUCACAAGAGUUUCCAUCCGUGAAGGAUACAGGGGGCCCAAUCGGCAUAGCUAGUAGCGCUCCUAACGGUUAUUCCACGUCAACUGAGGUCAAUAAAGCGAAUGGUCAGGCUACCGUGACGAAGUCGACAACAGCUUUAAAGACAACUGUGGCAUCAAGUGCCCCGGCAAAGUCGGCCCCGUCUCCAAUCGAUCGCAAAGACUAUAUUGCCCGUCUGCAAGCUGCAAAGAUGGGCAAACAGCCUGUUGUAGCGAAGGUCACUUCUCUGCAGCAGACACCGCCGGCUUCAGAACCAACGGCUUCAGAACCAACGGCUACAACAAUGACACCUCAAGCAGCCCACGCAGCUGGGAUCCCAAAGCUACAGGGCAAAACCCUCCCGAAGGAUCCAUUACAAGGGGACGAGAGAGCUCGGAAAACUGAAUUGAUUCGCCAGAAACUUGAGGCGAUGAAGGCAAAGCAACCAGCUGCAAACUCUACCUCUUCUCAGCUGUCGAAAUCAUCUAGCUCAUCUUUAACGCCCAAAGCCACAUCCUUUUCAUCUCCAGCACGGAAGGUCGAGCAAGCGCAGCUUGGCUCUUCAACUCCCGUUCAAACGAGUCCCGGACCUCGGUCCCUUCAUAAUCCCUCACCUCGGGUUCCUAUGUUUACUGGAAUACCAGGAUUGUUCAUGAAUUCGUCUUCGCCUGCGAGCAACACCACCCAACCCCAGCCGCUCCAUAAUACGCCUGUAGCCAACGCCUCUGAAACAACUGUUUCACUGAGCCGUCGCAAACGGCCAGUUGCAUCAGAUUUCGAUGAGAUACCAACUCCACGUGGCGUGGGACCUACGUACACCCGACCUCUUGGCCAAUCCCCACACGAACAUGAUAAUGAAGCCAUGAUUAUCGAGGUCAGUGAUGAUGAAUCUGGCAGUAGCGAUAUGGAUAUAGACGAUGAUCAAGCCGCCCCAAAGUCUACCGCUAUCCCCUCCCCUCUGACUUCCAGCCGCAAUGGUCCGCACAUGCUCCGUAAUUUGCCUCCCUUGUCAGAUUUUCCGUCUCGCUCCACUUCUGUAAGGCCUGCUUCCGUGGUGAGCACGCCACCUGCCGUGCAGACGCCUGCUAGCCUUGCUCACAAAGACGAGCUCAGCAAGAAAGAGAGGGACAUUGCAAUUUUGAAGCAGAAGAUAGAGGCCCUGAAUCAGAGAAAGCUUGCAGCGGAAGCACGGAAGAAGGAUACUGCGAUGUCUUCUCCUGCACCUCAGAAUGCGGAAACGUCCACCGUACCGAAACCAAGCUUGUCACAGGUCUCACUUGGAUCCCUCCCACCUGCCUUAGCUGCGUCAGUGAAAGUGAACGACCCUUCAGAGCCUGACAACCCACUCGCAAAUCCUAACUCAGCCAAUUUGGCCCUUUCUAUUGAUUGGAAAAAGCAGCGACGAGCCGAGAUCGAGUCUGGCUUACCGUCCCUUGAGGCUGGCUUAGCAAGCAACAAAGCUAGAAUGGCCCAGCUUCUGAAGGAGAUGGAAGAAUUAGAAGCGAAUAAUAGGAAGGUCUUACAAGAUAAAGAGAAGCUCAUCCAGGAGCUUGAAAGCCUCGGAGUUGACACGGAAGGCAUGCCCCAUGCCGAGCUUCAAGCCAAGAAAGACGAAAUCGAUCAACAAAACAUUAUCCAAUCCGCUCUUCAAGCCAAUGAACUGAACCCCUUGGAUGAAUCACAAUCUCAACCGUUUGAACCCUCUAGUUCUAGUCAAAUUAACGGCGCUGCUACCCAGAGCUCCACUCCACCAGAGUUAUCUGCGACACAGCCGAAUGGCGAGGCCGAGUUGAGUGGCAAUACCACCAGCAAGGCAUCUGAAGUAAAACUCUUACCAAAUCGAAAUGGACCUCUGGAGGCCGCGUUUACUUUUGAUCUACCCCAAGACGCUACACAUUCUCCUUUAUCGAAGACGCUUCACGCAGAGUCGCCAGUGUCAGAGGACAUGGUCAUGUCGGAAAGUGAAUCUCAAAGGGUAGAAGGCGCAGAUCUAGUUGCUAAGGUUGAGGGAGAAGCUCCAGUAGAAGAGCAAGAACACCAUGCAUCCCAACUUGCAUCUGGCCUGAGUAGUGCUGGGCUCAAAACUUUAGUGGACAUUGCUUCCCCCUUAGACGACAGUGAGGAUUUCUAUUCUCCUGAACCUCCCAUAAUCCCUGCUGCCAACAACCAGCCGGGACAAAUUCAACUCGUCCAGGAUCCCACCAAUGACACGGCUAUUCUCUCCGAGGAAGGGGAGGCGGAAAUGUCCGAAUCUCCUUCGAUUCAGGAUGAGGAAGAAUAUGAGCCUGCUGAACCACUUAUUCCCGAUCCCGCAAAUGCUGAACGGGAAAAUUACGAGGUUGAGAUCUCAAGCUCACCUGCGUCUUCGUUAUCAUCUUCACCAAUGUCAUCAUCAGAAGAGGAGGGUGAGUAUGAACCACCAGACUUGGACCAAGAGCUGCCAAAUCUGAACGGCGAUGCCACUGACCAAGCAACUGCGGCGAAUUUUGAUCUUCCUGGUGAUAACGACGACAACGACGCCAUGGAUAUUACUACAUCUUCAGACGGCGAAUCGGACCCUGCCCAACGCAACUCUUUGCAGAAUAAGUCGAUCUCAUACAAUGGCGUUGGUUCUAGUGCUAUCGCUGAUGAUCUAGCACCUGAGUUGCCAUCACUACUAUUGCCUGAUCAGCGGACAUCGAUGGCUGAAGCGACCUCGACGUCGGACGAUCCUGCUGAGCCUGCCCGUUUUGUACCAUAUGAAAGCGCUCUCCGAAUGUUCAAAUCUUACCGAUAUCAUCCCAGCUAUUCCCAGGAUGUAGCUGGCGGUUUUCUUUCUAUGACUUAUAGCCAUCAGAUUGACAAAGACAAGCCUCUCUGCCAAUUUGAGGCUGUGGGUGGUACCUGCAACGAUCCCCAUUGCGACGGCCAGCACUUUCGAGACAUGAGCAUAAGCGGUGAUAAGAUUCUUGUACAACUGGGCACUGCGAAUCCUGGAAAGACUCCCGAGGAAAAACAGAGAUGGAAUGAUGGACUGCGGCUCGUUCUAAAAGAACUCCGCCAGAGAAAUAUCAAGGACCCCAAUGUCGUCGCGGAGGAAAUCGCCAAAUAUCGUCGCCAAUUCCUCCAUGACGACACUAGAGUGGUCAACUUUUGACCGCUGUGAACUGACCUAUUUGCCCAACAGCCUCCGUCGCACGUCCCGAUCUUAGCCAGCCUCACCAAUGGCUGUCGUGCUUCCCCAUUCCUCUCUGCUUGGGUCUACUUCUUGCUCUGUGUCUCCCUUUCACACUUCCUCGGUCUUUGUCAUGAAUCUUUCACCCUUCGACCUUCUUAUGCCUUUGGAGUUUCUAAAAGUAAGAAAACGAAGGCCUCCAUGCCUUAAUACUCUAGCUUUCAGUUGGACGGUCUAAGCAUCGAUACCCUUGCAUGGAAUCGGAGUUGGUUGCGUAGUACUUGUGUUAUGGGCAGGUACGAGCAAUUGCAUUCGGAUCUGGCAUUUCGGUUUGUGUAAAAGAGCUGGAUAACCGGGAGGCAUCUGCACUAUGCCUGUUCUUAAAUCAGAGCGGUGCAGACUUGCAAGUGCCUAUACCAUGGUCCAAUAGCUCGGUAA